AUGAAAUUUCUCAAAGUUUUUGCAAUUGUUCUUUUGGUUACUUGUACAGUGAAUGCUGAUGUUUAUCCUCAAUUAGAUAUAACACCCGAUGAAAAUGAUCCUAUUGUCCAGCAAUGGAUGAAACAAUAUGAUUUCAGUAAUAUUCCAAACUUACCAUGCUCUAACGGCGGUGUAGUUAACCAUGAACAACCUACCUGUGGUGGUAAUACCACAAUCGAUCCAAAUCAAGGAUCUUGGACUUGUCAAAAAUACGUUGCCCCCGAUGAUAUUCAAGCAUGUCCACUAACAGGAAAUUGGGGAGUAACUUAUGAUGAUGGGCCAUCGCCGGCGACGCCAGCUUUAUUAAACACUCUUGAAGAAUUAGAUUUGCAUGCCACGUUCUUCGUCAUUGGUAGUCGCGCAAUUUGUAAUCCUGAAAUUCUUUUAGAUGCUUACAAAAGAGGUCAUCAUAUUGCUGUGCAUACUUGGUCCCAUCCUGCACUUACUUCUCUUUCCAAUGCACAAAUCAUCGCAGAAAUAGGAUGGACAAUGAAGGCCAUCAAAGAUAUUAUCGGCGUCACACCUAUAUACUAUCGCCCUCCAUAUGGCGAUACCGACAAUCGCGUUCGUGCAAUUACACGUGCCAUGGGUUUAAUAACUGUUCUCUGGCUUCCAGACUUUGAUAGCAAUGAUUGGACUCUUGUCUCCACCCCACCUGAGCCAAUAAGCUAUGUAAUCAGUACUUUUAAUAAUUGGACUCAAAAAUUCCCAACGAUGUCCACAGGAUUUAUUGUUCUUGAACAUGAUCUUUAUAAUCAAACUGUAAAGGCGGCAAUAGAAGUCUUAAAAUUAGCAGUCAAAGUUAAAGGUUUAAACAUGACCACGGUUGCUGAAUGUGUAGGAGAUUCAAAACCCUAUCUAGAAAUUGGGGGUAAACCUAGUAACGUAGUAAACGUAGUAAACACGACAAGUAGCGAUUCAUCAAAUGCUACAUCCGCUAAUGGCCCGAAAACCUCUACUACUAGCUCUGAGAAUAUUUUAGAUCAUUCUCCAAAAAAUUUUCGUAUAUUGAUGUUAGAAAAAUAG